AUGAUGCUUUCUAACAAAUUUUAUCUAUUAUUACAAUUAGCUCUAUUUCUUACAACAGUCUAUUCAAAGAAACAACCUCAAGGAAAGCUUCUUCAGAUUGUUGAAAUUUUUAGACACGGAGCAAGAUAUAGAAUUGAUAAUUCUUCCUAUAGUGAUAAUAAUUAAAUAAAUUAUGGGUAAUUAACAGCCCAUGGAUAAAGAAUGCAUUUUUUGCUAGGAAAAACUCUAUAUGAUAAAUACUCUAUCACACUUAACAUACCAAAGACAUAUAAUCAUACUUUUAUUUAUGUAAAAUCAACUAAUUAUGACAGAACAAUAAUGUCAGCAGCAAGCUAACUUGCUGGAAUUUUUCCUUUGUAAUACGGUUUAAAAAUAUCUAAUGUGAGUGACUAAUUCUUAAUGCCACCAUUUUAAAAUGUAUCUAAAAUUAAUGAGACUGUAUUUGCAUUAGAGGGUGGAUUCCAACCUAUACCUAUUCAUGUCAGAGAUCUUAAAGAUGAGAAAUAGCUUUUAGGAUAUAUGGAUAGCUGUUAUAAAGCUUCUAUGUGGGAAAAUGAAAAUCAUAAAAGUGAAGAAUGGGUAAGAAUUGAGAAAGAAUAUUAAGAUUUAUUAGAUGCUUUAAUAGAAGAUGAGUAUUUUGGUUUAAAAAAUGAUGCUAAUCUAUAUGAUAUUAGUAAUCUUGUUGACACUUUAAUAUCUGAAAAAUGGUUUGGUAAUGUUGAAAAAAAUAAAGAAAUUUCUGAGCAUGUCGAUGGAUUUUUAUUAAGUUAAGAAUAAUUAGUACUUCCUGAGAAUUUUAGUAAAAUGUGGGUUUAAAUGAAUUUACUAUACACGACAGUACUUCAUUUGUCUCUGUACAAAACUCCUUAAUAGAAAAAAACAUCUGUUACACCCUUUUUUACUGAAUUGCUAAAUUAUUUUAAUAAUUAUAUCAAUAAUUAAUAAUAUUAUAAGUGGAUUAUGCUUUCAGCUCAUGACACAACAAUAGCUAUGAUUUCUUAAGGGAUGAAUUUUACUAGCUGGGAAUGCUUAGAAUAAGUUAAAUUGUAGUAAAAUGUAUCUAAAAAUUGUAUAUAUACAUAUCCAGGAUUUAGCUCUAAUAUUAUUUUUGAAUUAUAUUAAGAUAAAAAUAACGAGCAUUUCAUUAAAGUACUAUAUAAUGGAACUGAAUAAAGUAUCUGUGGAUCAUCUAAAAAGUAUUGCUACUUGAAGGAGUUUAGUCAAGCCUUAAAAUACUCUACAGUUAACGAUUAUGAUCUUGAAUGCGGUAAUUAAAUGAAUGAUAAUCAAAUUUUUGGGACAACUUAGGAAAAAUAGUAAAUUAUGGAAUCAGAAAAUUAAGCUUUGUUUACAUACCUUGUUACUGUUUUGUCAAUUUUAUUAAUUAUUUCUAUUAUUUUUAAUUAUUUAUAAAGAAGAAAAAUUUUAAUUCUCAGACAAAAUUUGUAAUAAAGAGCUGAUUAUUCGACUAUCUGA